UACUAAGGUCUCAUAGAUAGAUAUAUAAAAAAAUCUACCUUACCCCUUCUCUCUCCUCUCUCAUCUUUCUCUCUCCUCUCUCACCAUCAGGAACCCUAGAGAGCCAUCUCUCUCCUCAGAACAUAAAACGAUUGAAAAUUUCUUUAGAUGGGUGAUCAGAAUUAUUAAAAACACCAAGCAUUUCAUCAAGAUAUCUGCAACACUCCCCAUUUGAGUUACAUGGAUGACGACGGAGGACUAAACAUGCGGAACUGGAGCUACUUCGAUCAACCCUUGAAGGGAAGCCUAGGGUUGCAACUCAUGUCCAAUGUGGCACAAGACCGUGACACCAAGCCUCUCCUCUCCAAUGGAGGAUUCCUCCACAGAGACUGCGGAGUUGCAGAACCUUCCGUUCCUAUGGACUUCAUUAGAGAUAGUUGGAUCCAUCACAACCGAGAUCAUAACAAAAUCCUUCAUGUUCUUCCUAUGAAUCACCAUCAAAGUUUUAAUAUGAUCCCUGAUACGUCUGCAUCACAGACUAUUCAAAUACUACAGCCUCCGAAUCCACCAAAAGAAGAGAAAAUCCCGCAAGUUGAUAAUUUUAAUAACCAUAUUGACACUCCUUCAAAGAAGAAGAGGUCUCAAGGACGACCUAUCAAAUCUCCGAAGCAGAAGAAACCUAAAAAGGUUAAUAAUCAUGGUAGAGAUGAUGCAGAUAAUGUUUCUAUAUCUAAAGGGAAGAUUAAGAAGAGUACCGCUUUGGUAAUCAAUGGAAUAGAUUUGGACUUAUCGGGUAUUCCACCUCCGGUGUGCUCUUGCACUGGAAACCCGCAACAGUGUUAUAGAUGGGGAUUUGGUGGAUGGCAAUCUGCCUGUUGUACUAUGAACAUUUCAAUGUAUCCACUCCCAAUGAGUGCAAAGAGGAGGGGUGCUAGAAUUGCUGGGCGAAAAAUGAGCCAAGGUGCGUUCAAGAAAGUUUUGGAGAAGCUUGCAGGAGAGGGGCAUAAUCUUUCAAAUCCGAUUGAUUUACGGACUUUCUGGGCGAAACAUGGGACUAAUAAGUUUGUGACUAUCAGGUAAAUGUGGCCUUAGUGUUGAGUAACUGCUGUUGUAGCUGUUUAAUUUCAUCCGAUCAUAUUUACAUGCUUUUGUCUUUUUGAAGGGUAGAUGUGUUGAGUAAUGUGGACGGUGAUGGUCGCUUGUUUAUUGUUGGCAAUCUUUAGUUUAACAGAGAACUAUGCUGUCUAAUUUAGGUGGCUCUUCAAUUAAUGGUAGAAAGUUUUUCUCAUUA